CUAAGAAUAAAAAAAGGUUCAAAGAUAAGAAGGAGAAGUUCCAGAGAUGCACAAUUGCUCUCAUCUCAUCAAGUUAAAAGAGCUUAUGAGGUCAAGACAUUGAAUGCAAAGGAUGCUCCUAAGUUGCUUACAUGGAAAGCGUUCAAAACGGAACAAGUUGAUCCAAGUUAUGUAAAGGUCUUGAAUCGUGUAGUAGCAUAUACUUCUGGCCUUCCAUUGGCUUUGGAAGUAAUUGGUUCCAACCUAUUUGCAAAAAGUGUGGAACAAUGGAAAUCUGCUGUUAAUAAAUAUAAAAGAAUUCCUAACAAUCAAAUCCUCGAGAUACUUAAAGUAAGCUUUGAUGCUUUGGAGGAAGAGGAGAAGGGUGUUUUUCUUGACAUUGCUUGUUGCUUCAAAGGAUAUAAAUUAACAGAGGUCGAGAUUAUGCUUCGUGCUCUUUAUGAUGACUGCAUGAAACAUCAUAUUGGGGUGUUAAUUGAAAAAUCUCUCAUAAAGGUCAGUCAGAGAGGAACAGUUGAAUUGCACGACUUGAUUAAGGACAUGGGUAGAGAAAUUGACCAGAAAGAAUCACCUAAAGAAGCAGGAAGGCGCAGGAGAUUAUGGUUACCAAAAGAUAUAAUUCAUGUUCUAAAACACAACACGGGAACUAGUGAAAUUUGAAAUGGUGUGUCUUCAUUUCUCCACAACCGACAAAAGAGAAAGGGUGGAAUGGAAUGGAAGCUAACCGUCUUGAAUUUGGACAACUGCAAACCUAUAACUCGGAUACCUAACGUAUCUGAACUCCGAAACUUGGAGAAACUUUCAUUUAAAGAGUGUGAGAGUUUAAUUGAAGUGCACUACUCAGUUGGUUUUCUGAAGGAUGCGAGAAGCUUGCCAGAUUUCCACCUCUCAAGCUGCCCUCUCUUGAAAUUCUUGAACUUUCUUUUUGUUUCAGUCUUGAGAAUUUUCCGGAAAUGUUAACAAAGAUGGGACGCAUAAUGAAAAAAUGGGCUCAACGGUAUCUUCAAAUGUAGAACACAAGAACACAACUUUUCGAGCCUUGGUUUCAAUUUUCUACAAUGUUGCUGUAAGAUGGAUGCAUAGCAGAGACAUCCAAACACCUUGAGAGGAGUAAAUCAGACUUGAAUCCAAUAUUAUGUUGUCUGAGUUUAUUACUUUAUAUAUUAAAUCAAUGGGUUUGGAACAAACUUAAAUAUAUUAGGAGUUAUGAUAAUUAAUGUAUUAACCGUGUUGUGGUAA